CUGACCGAUUGCCACAAACUGUUAUAUAGCACUCAGAUCACUAUAUCAAGAUGGUUUUCAAAUCAUGUGAUUUUGGUCCUCAAAAUAAUAUUUCUUGCGAAAAUUAGUCGUAAACUCUACAUUGUGUUCUGAACACUUGGAUUUUUGUGCUCCUGACCUAAAGAGAGGCUAGUUUAAAACUGUAAAAAUGAACACACCUGAACCUACUAUUCAGAAUAUUUUGGACUCAAGUACUUUGCGUUGGAUCUUUGUCGGAGGUAAAGGUGGAGUUGGGAAAACAACAUGCAGUUGCAGCAUUGCUGUUCAAAUGGCCAAAGUGCGUGAGCGUGUUCUCAUUUUGAGCACGGAUCCUGCUCAUAACCUUUCGGAUGCGUUUGACCAAAAGUUUUCGAAAAAUCCUACUAAAGUUAAGGGUUUUAAUAAUCUUUUUGCUAUGGAAAUUGAUCCAAAUGUGAACUUAGGAGAGUUCGAAGAGGAUCUUGUUGGUUCUGAAGAAGCCGCAGUUUCUGCUGAUAUACGUAAAACCAUAGGUCACUUGAUGACUUCUUUCCCUGGGGUGGAUGAGUAUAUGUCUUAUACAGAGGUGUUUCGAUUGGUCCGUAAUAUGGAUUAUUCAGUCGUCAUUUUUGAUACAGCUCCUACCGGCCACACACUACGAUUGUUAGCGUUUCCAGAGGCUAUGGAGAAAAGCCUUAGCAAAGUAGUCUCGAUGAAAAAUCAGUUCGCUCCGAUUUUAAGCCAGUUAAUGGGUUUAGUUGGAAUGAACAGUACACAAGGUGGUGAUUUAACAAAUGCAAUAGAAACACGUUUACCUAUCGUUAAAGAAAUAACAAAGCAGUUCAAAGAUUCCACUCAGACUACAUUUGUAUGUGUUUGCAUACCCGAAUUCUUAAGCAUGUACGAAACGGAACGCUUAGUUCAAGAACUCACUGCACAUGAUAUUGAUGUCCACAAUGUCAUUGUGAAUCAACUGUUAUUUCCAAAUUUAUUAUCAUCAUGUGAUGCCUCAUCUAAGGAUCAUUCUAAUGAACCUCCAUCUACUUGUCGAAUGUGCUUAGCACGUCAUCGAAUACAAUCGAAAUAUCUGGAACAAAUUUUAGAACUAUAUGAAGACAUGCAUGUCAUACAAUUACCUCAAUUAGAAAAUGAGGUAAGAGGAAUAAAGUCUGUCCAAGACUUUUCCGAACUUCUUUUAAACCCCUACCGUAGGAAAUAAAAAGUAUAGGAUUUGCACUUUAUUUGUAAAAAUGAUGUCGUAUGUACACUUUUGUAAUUAUUCUUUCCUUUGAAAAAAAACAUUUAAACGUUUUUUUUCUAAUUAACUGAUUGGAAAAUAACAUACUCGUUAACAGUUGUUUCUUAUUUCUUUAACACUAAAAGCAUCCUUAAUAAAUUUUCAUUUUAAGUUAAUUUUUAAUUUGUUUAUGUAAUGGUUCCAAAAAUCCGUUCAGUAAUAUAAUUGACACAUUUUCAACAGAGAUUAUUAUAAUACAUGGCCGGCUGAAAGGGGAUUUCGAUAUUUAAAUAUUCAUUUUGAUUGAUACAUUUCUGGAUAAUGUAAUUACAUAUUAAGUAAUUGUACUUUCAGGAUUCUAAUCAUAUGAGAAAACGUACCUAAA